AAAAAAACAGUUUCUGAACUAAACUGUCAGUGUCAGAAUCAGAAAACUGUCAAGAUCAGCAGUCAUAACAAAACGUCAUUUCAACUUGCAAAAAUCUUUUUUAGAAAAAAAUUUUGCUUCUUUAAUUAACGUUGUAGAUUAAGUGUAAUUUAAAUAUCCUUUAGUGAAAUUCAAUCAUUCCAGAUCAAUUUAGUGUUAGUCAUAGUUCAAUGAGGUCAUCACGCCGUGGUUAUCAUAAAACAAACUAGCGUUUCUACUCGGUCGGAUUCAGUAUUUAUUAGUAGCUGUUGCGAUACAGACGUGUCUUUAAAUUCUUCAGGAUGAAGUUCGCUGAGCACUUAAGUGCCCACAUAACACCUGAGUGGCGCAAACAAUACAUAAAUUAUGAGGAAAUGAAAGCAAUGUUAUACACAACAGUUGAAGAGGCACCAUCCGCUGAAAAUGUGGAGCCCGAGGUAUUGUCGCGCCACUUUGCGAACUUUGAUGAAACAUUUUUCCAUUACUGUGACCAGGAGCUCAAGAAAAUUAAUACCUUUUACUCAGAGAAAUUAGCAGAAGCCACUCGUAAAUUCGCAACACUAGAGAGUGAACUAAAAUCCCAUUUUGACACAAUGAAACCGAGAGGAGGUGGCGACAGUAAAAAGUUUCAGUUGCCCCGGCGGAAGGUUCAGGAGCUCAAGUUGGCCUUUAGCGAGUUCUAUCUUAGUCUAAUACUGUUGCAAAACUACCAGAACCUCAAUUAUACGGGAUUUAGGAAAAUACUGAAAAAACACGACAAGUUACUUAGCGUAAACAACGGCGCUCAAUGGCGGGCGGAACACGUGGAGACAUCUCACUUCUACACGAACAAAGACAUAGACAGACUGAUCAGCGACACCGAGGCGACGGUCACCAAUGAGCUGGAGGGCGGGGACAGACAGAAGGCCAUGAAGAAGCUCCGGGUGCCUCCAUUAGGCGAACAGCAGAGCCCGUGGACCACGUUCAAAGUGGGAUUGUUCUCGGGCUCUUUCAUUGUGCUACUUAUAACUGUGGUGCUUUCUGCUUUAUUCCACGAAGGUGCCACGGAAAACUUCAAAAUAGCAUUCAGACUGUACAGAGGACCAUUCCUAUUAGUUGAAUUCAUAUUUCUAAUCGGCAUCAAUGUGUACGGUUGGCGGUCUUCCGGAGUGAACCACGUUCUUAUUUUCGAGUUGGACCCUCGGAACCAUCUGUCGGAACAGCAUUUGAUGGAACUCGCAGCUAUAUUCGGAGUGGUAUGGGCGCUGAGUAUACUCAGCUUCAUAUACAGCGCUAGUUUGAGUAUACCGCCGUUUGUGAACCCACUAGCACUCGUGGUUAUAAUGCUGGCCUUCCUCAUGAACCCGCUAAAGGUUUUCAGACACGAAGCGAGGUUUUGGUUCCUGAGGAUAUGUGGUCGGAUACUUGCGGCGCCGUUCAUGCCGGUGUUGUUCGCUGACUUCUGGCUGGCUGACCAAUGGAACUCAUUCGCGAGCGCGUUCCUCGACUUCCACUACUUAGUGGCCUUCUACGUGGCCGGCGGCGACUGGUUCAAUGUUAAGGAUUCGUUCGAGACAACGCGGUGGUUCUUGGUGUCGCGCGCGCUCGUCAACAUAGUGCCGGCGUGGGCGCGGUUCUGGCAGUGCCUGCGCCGGUACCGUGACACCAGGGAGGCGUUCCCGCAUCUGGUCAACGCGGGAAAAUAUUCCACCACGUUCUUCGUGGUGCUGUUUGCGACUCUGAGGGUGACUUACAGCGAUCAGUACGCCGGCAACAGGUACGACAAUCCGUUCCUGUAUGCGUGGUUCGGUUGUCAGCUGAUCUCCUCUCUCUAUACUUACACGUGGGACGUGAAGAUGGACUGGGGCCUCUUCAGCUGUGGCCCCAACGCGGAAAACAAGUUCCUCAGGGAAGAGAUCGUUUAUAGUCCAGGGUUUUACUAUUUCGCCAUUGUGGAGGACUUCGUGCUUCGCUUCAUAUGGAUAGUUUCGUUCCUGUUGACUGAGAACGGGCUCAUCGGCGUCGAGACUAUGGUGUCCAUACUGUCGCCGCUUGAAGUCUUCAGACGGUUCAUCUGGAACUUCUUUCGGCUUGAGAACGAGCACCUCAACAACUGCGGUAAAUUCCGCGCCGUUAGAGACAUCUCCGUCGCGCCGCUCGAUUCCUCGGACCAGGCGGACAUUCUGCGCAUGAUGGACCACCCCGACGGAGUCGUCAAUAGACUGACAAAGAAGAAAAAUCUCAAAAAACCCAAAGAGAGCGACAGAAAGCCUCUGCUCAAAAAGGAGUCAAUCCAAGAGCUGCAACUGGAGCUGGAUCUAUCAACCAAGAUGCUGUGACGACCCGCCUUAGAAGCUAGUGGGAGGGGAGUCCCCCGCCAGCGAGUCUGCUCGAAUUAUCGUCAUAAAGUACAGAGUAGAUCAGGCCCCACUUCCCCCCUUACCCCACGACGCUGUGACCUCUGUGAUACGAUGCUCGGAGUAUUGUUACGAAUAUAUUUUU